AUGUCUACCAAUUUAAAAUACCUUUCCUUGGGGAUCCUGGUCUUUCAGACCACUAGUUUAGUUUUGACUAUGCGAUAUUCUCGGACAUUGAAAGAGGAAGGACCUCGUUACUUAUCCUCUACUGCAGUAGUUGUUGCUGAAUUUUUGAAGAUUAUGGCCUGCAUUUUAUUGGUCUACAAAGACAGCAAGUGCAAUUUACGGGCUCUGAACAGAGUGCUACAUGAUGAAAUCCUUAACAAGCCUAUGGAAACACUUAAACUUGCUAUUCCAUCAGGGAUUUAUACUCUCCAGAAUAACUUGCUGUAUGUAGCACUGUCAAAUCUAGAUGCAGCCACUUAUCAGGUCACAUAUCAAUUAAAAAUUCUUACUACAGCAUUAUUUUCUGUGUCCAUGCUAAGUAAGAAAUUAGGUGUAUACCAGUGGUUAUCAUUAGUGAUUUUGAUGACGGGAGUUGCAUUUGUACAGUGGCCCUCAGAUUCUCAAGCAACAACUACUAAAGAGUUGUCAGCAGGAUCUCAAUUUGUUGGUCUUAUAGCAGUCCUUAUAGCCUGCUUUUCAAGUGGAUUUGCUGGGGUUUAUUUUGAGAAAAUUUUAAAAGAAACCAAACAGUCUGUCUGGAUCAGAAACAUUCAGCUUGGAUUUUUUGGUAGCAUAUUUGGAUUGAUGGGUGUGUACAUAUAUGAUGGAGAACUUCUGUCAAAGAAUGGAUUUUUUCAAGGAUAUAACAAACUUACUUGGAUAGUUGUAGUUCUACAGGCACUGGGGGGCCUUGUGAUUGCUGCUGUUAUAAAAUAUGCAGACAAUAUUUUAAAAGGAUUUGCAACAUCUUUGUCAAUUAUAUUGUCAACAUUGAUCUCCUAUUUCUGGCUGCAAGAUUUUGUCCCAACCAGUGUCUUUUUCUUUGGAGCCAUUCUUGUGAUAGCAGCUACAUUCCUAUAUGGUUAUGAUCCAAAACCUGCAGGAAAUCCUAUCAAGGCAUAGCAGAUUUCGUUAUCAGCCUGUUUCUCAAGACUGUGCAUUAGGGACCUCAACAAGAAUUCUGUAUGGAAGAUUUCAUCAUGCACUGGAAGGAAAGGAUCACUACACUGAAUCUGAGCAAGAACAUGUUAAUGGUUUUGGAGAACCAAAGGGUUAAAGACAGAAAAUAAUGUAUGUAAAGCUGAUGGUAAAAAUUAAAGGGGAAAGCCUAGUGCAAGUUGCUAAUAAAAACUUGAAAGGAACAAAAGUUUCCAAGUAACUACAAUUAGGAAUGUUUACAGCUUGAACUUGAGGUUAUAUUAGAUGAUUUUACUG